GAAUUUGAGUCUACACGUAUUUCCCCUCCAUAAGCGUCUGGUUCAAAGAUAUUUCCCUUUUAUUUAUUUUUUUUUCAUUUGUAUUGGAACCACACAGCUUUUAAGAUGCCUUUAAAAAUUGACUGGGGUGAACUGAUGGAUGUCGAUCCAGAUGCCUUAACAGAUCAGGAGAGCCUGGCCCAAAAACUUUUGGAUUUCAUUUCACAGGUUGAAAAGAGGGAUCUGAAAGGUGAUAGCCCGGAGAAGAUCAUUCAUCUUUUUAGAAUCACUCAGGCCAUAAUGAAGAUGAAAGCUCAAGAAGUGGAUCUGGCAUUAGAAGAAGUAGAAAAGGCUGGUGAAGAACAAGCUAAAAUUGAAAACCAGUUAAAAGCUAAAGUUUACAAGUUGGAACAUGAGUUAGAGAUGGCUCAACGUACUGCCGGCGGACGAGAUACCCGCUUUCUUCGAGAUGAAAUUCGCCAGCUGGAGAAUCAGCUGGACCGCAAGGAGAAGGAAUUGGCCCAGGUGGAAAAAGAAAUCAACAAGGAGAAGAAGGCAAAUGAAGAAUUAACUCUUCGAGCAGAAGAUGCAGAAAAUGAAAACAGAAAACUGAAAAGAGAGAAUGAACAAUUACGCCAAGACAUCAUAUAUUACAGACGUGAGUUAGACCAAAAAGAGACGGUUCAAUACACAGAAAAGGAAAAAGAAGCCCAAGCGAACUUAGCAAUUGUGAACCGUGAGUUGCAUGAGUGUCUGGAUGAGCUGCAGCGUGUUGAAGCAGAGAGGGACGAACUCAAAGCACAGAAUGACAAUGCCCAGAAGGCUCUAUUAGAUGCGACAAAGGAAAUGAUGGUAAUGGAAGAGGAUUACAGCAGAAUGAAAAUAACAGUGAAGCAGUCAGACAUUCUCAUGGACCAAAUGAAGAAAGAGAGUGAACACUUGAAGCUUCAAGUACAGGAGCUCACAGCACAGAUUCAGGCCAAGGCAGAGGAGGAUGAUCCAGUGAUGGCAGCCGUGAAUUUAAAGGUCGAGGAAUGGAAGAGAAUUCUCUCUGCAAAGGAUGAUGAGAUAAUGGAAUAUCAGCAGAUGCUGAGGGAGCUCAAAGAGAAACUUAGAGUGACACAGCUGGAUUCUGACAAAAAUAACGUCAUGGCUCUCCAGCAGGUCAUUUAUGAACUCUGUGCUGCCGUGCAAGAAAGGGAUAGUCAGAUCAAGAUGCUGACUGAACAAGUUGAGCAAUACACAAGUGAAAUGGAAACAAAUGCAAUUGUUAUUGAAGAACUCAAGAAACCUCUUCAGAAAACCAGAGGACUUCCUACAGUAAUACAACAGAAGAAAACUGAAGAACUUCAAGCAAAACUUCAGGUGGCAGAGCAGAGGGUUCGGGAUGCUGAAAGGGUAGCAGAGCUUGCAGAGUCUGAUGCCAAAGAAAAGGACAAAGAACUUAGUGAUGCUCUCUCUCGAAUGACGGCUUAUGAGGCUGGUGUGUAUGGGCUGGAAAAUGCUGUUGCAGAAAUCAAAGAAUACAAAAAACAGAUAAAGACAAGAGAGCAGGAAAUGGAAUAUCUGACACGAGAAAUCAACAAGCAAGAAAUGAAGAUUAAUGACCUGCUGGAUGAAAAUGAAGACUUCAGAGAACGUUUGGGACUUAAUCCAAAAGAGGUUGUUGAUUUGUCUGAAUUUAGAAGAACAAAAACUUUAAAACAGCAACAAUAUAGAGCAGAAAAUCAGAUUCUUCACAAGGAGAUUGAAAGGCUAGAAGAAGAAAGACUUAACCUGAAGAGGCACAUAAGAAAACUUGUAAAAGACAAAGGGCUCAGUGGAGACUAUUUACAGCUUGAAGAUGAUUUCAGUAGAACUUCCAUAAGUUUUGAAAAGGCAAAGUUUACAUCUAGUUCCAUAAAUCAGGAAGAGAUGAGAGACAAGAAUGAACACCUUUUAAAAGAAUUGAAUGACAAAGAUAAAGAACUUCAACUCCGAAUGAAAGACUCAGCUGAGUUUAAAGCUAAAUUUGAUGAGUUGCUAAAAGAGAAGAAAUAUCUUGAGGAAGGAAUGAAAGAAAUACUGCAAGUAAUAAAAGAUGCCCGAGAGAAGUCACAAGGAGAUGUAGUCCUACAUAUCUCUAGUCUUGAAAGACUCAUCAAUAUAAUUGAGGUGAGAAAUUCACCAGGAGGUUUUGAUGCUUGUGUGCACUUAAAGACUCAAGUUGACCAGCUCACUGGGAAGAAUGAAGAGCUAAGAAAGGAAAUGAAAGAGGCUCGUAAAGAGGCAGCUAAUGCUUCAAGCCAGCUAAUCAAAGCCAAUGAAAAGGUUGAGCACUUGGAAUGUGAAAUAGAGGCCUUGAAACAGUCAAGAGGGAGCAGUGUUGUUUUCAAGACUUUAAAUCUGCCAGAAGAAAUGGCCUUGUCUAGUAUGGAGGUCAUCAGUGCUCUUAAUGAAUAUGCAGUUAGCCUUCUACAAGAACUUAAAAAUAAAGAGGCAACUGAAAAGGUGCUGGAAGAAGCUUUAGAGGAAUAUAAACGUAAAUUUGCUGUGGUUCGUCAUCAGCAAGGACUUCUAUACAAAGAAUAUCAAAGUGAAAGAGAAUCUUGGCUGAAUGAAAAAGAAAAGUUCACAGAAUUGAAGAAUAGACUCGAAGAGCAAAAGGAAUUAGAUGCUGUGAAAAUAAAGGAGUACAAUCACUGGCUUGAAGUGCUGGAGAUGGACCCAUCAGAUACAAAGAAACAGAUCUCAGAAGCAGCUCGAAAAAUCACUGUGUUGCGGGUGAAUGAAAAGUCCUUGACAAGACGGUACACAACCUUGCUAGAAAUGGAGCAACAUCUGAGGAAGGAGAACAACAGACUGAAGAAUGAAAUUCUAGAAAUGAACAGUGCAGUAGCAGACAGAAUAGGGUACCUACAGCGAUAUAAGGACAUGGCUGCUUUCAAAAUAGCAGCCUUGCAAAAAGCCUUGGAUAACAGUGUUUCCUCUUCAGAACUUGAGAGGGCAAAUAAGCAAUACAAUGAAUUGACAAUUAAAUACAGAGACACUCUGCAGAGGGAUAACCAGCUUGUUUGGAAAACAACCAAUUUGGAACAUUUAGAGGGUGAGAAUUUGUCACUUCUUGAAAAAAUUGAUGGGUUAAACAGAGAACUGGAGAUUACCAAGGAAAAACUUCAUACACUGGAGCAAGCCUGGGAACAGGUCACUAAAUUAGGUGGGGAAGGCACCAUGGAUAAGGCAACUAAAGCAAUCACGAACAGUGAAAUACUGUCUAUAUCCAAAAAAAUAACAAUGUUGGAGAUGAAAGAACUAAAUGAACGACAAAGAGCAGAGCAUGCUCAUAAAAUGUAUGAACACUUAAGGACUUCUUUUAAACGAGUUGAAGACCGAAACUUUGAGUUGGAAACUAAAUUUGCAGAGCUGACUAAACAGAAUUUGGAAGCUCAAAAGAUAGAACAGGAAUUAAGGGAUGAACUGUCCAACAGUGUGAGCAAGGCUGUCAGUGAUGCCGACAGGCGACGGAUCAUGGAGCUGGAGAAAAUUGAAGCAGAGCUGAAAAUGGAAGUUUCAAAGUUAAGAGACAUCUCGGAAGUAGCCAAAAUGCAGGUAUCUGCUUUGGAAGCUCGUCAGCAGUCAAGAGAGAAGGAAGUGGAAGCCCUUAGGAGGCAGGUGCUGGAUUAUCAGGCUCAAUCUGAUGAAAAAGCACUUGUAGCAAAACUCCAUCAACACAUCGUGGCUUUGCAAAUGAGUGAGGCCACAGCUGUUAGUAAGCUGGAGGCAGCCUUGGUUAAAGGGCAAAAACUAGAGGCCUACAGCCUGCGUAUGGAGCAGAAACUAGACGAUAAAGAGCAGGCCUUGUACUAUGCCAGGCUAGAGGGACGUAACAGGGCCAAGCAUCUGCGGCAGACCAUCCAAUCACUUAGGAGGCACUUCAGUGGUGCCCUGCCUCUGGCACAGCAAGAGAAAUUCUCCAAAACUAUGAUCCAGCUCCAAAAUGACAAACUAAAGAUCCUUCAGGAUGUACAGCGAACAGAGCAGGAAAAGAGGAAGACUGAAGAAAAGGCCCUUGAACUGGAAAUCAAGAUGAAAGGACUGGAGGAGCUCAUUAGCACGCUGAAAGAUGUAAAAGGAGCACAAAAGGUGACUGAAUGGCAUAAGAAAAUGGAAGAGCUUCGUCUACAAGAUUUAAAGCGUAGUAGAGAGUUUGGCUUUCAAAAAGAAGAGAUAAAAUAUUUGAAGAAUGUUAUUGCUGGGCAAGAACGUACAAUUAGCAGUCUAGAAGAAGAAGUUAUCCAGCAGAAAAAUCUCCAUGAAGAACAACAACUAUCUUGGGAUCAGAGAGAAGUAGAGCUGGAGCGACAGCUGGAUCUGUAUGAACGACAGCAGAAUGAAGUGCUAAGCACUGCAAGAAAGUUUGAAGAAGCAACUGGAAAUAUCCCAGACCCCAGCUUGCCUCUACCUCAGCAGCUUGAUUUCGCUCUAAGGAAGAUCAAAGAACAUCUCCGCACCAUUCUAGAAACACAGUCAACUUGCAAGAUUUUAGAAGAAAAACUCAAAGAAAAAGAGGAAGCUCUGUGGAAGGCGGAACAAAAUGUGCUUUCAAGGGACAAGGUCAUCAAUGAGCUGAGGCUUCGUCUGCCUGCUACGGCUGAGAGAGAGAAACUGAUUGCGGAGUUAGGAAAGAGAGGAGAGGACCCAGAGUACCAACAAGCACUAAAGGUGGCCCAUCAAACCAUUGCCAACCUUCAGGCCAGAUUAAACCAGAAAGAAGACAUUGUGAAAAAAUACCAGAACCUCUUGGCUAGAGCAAGACAGGAACAGGAAGAUAUGACAAAGAAGCAUGAAGAGCAAAUUAGAGUUUUGCAUCAAAAACUGGAUUUGCAUUCUGAUACAUCUUUGAACAAAUUCAAACAAACAGCCCUGGAAUUGAUGAAGAAGCCCAACAUUGCAGUUCCUACUACAAAACACCUAGUCCGAUUGGCUGAGAUGGAACAAACUGUAGCUGAGCAAGACAACUCCCUUUCUUCUCUCACUGAAAAAUUAAAAAGAGUGACAGCUGAUCUAGAGAAGCAGAAACAAAUAACAUCAAUGAAAAUGAAGGAACAUGAAAAUGAGAAAGCCAAGCUUGAAGGAAAAUAUGCUACUCAGUCAAAAAAGCUGAGGGAGGAAGCUGAUGAAUUACGUGAACAGCUGUCGCAAACAGAGAAGGAGGUUCAGUAUCUGAAAACAGAGCUGGAAGCACAGAAAGAAGCCAAUGUCAAGUCUCCUACUGCUACAAUGAAAAACCUAGUUGAAAGACUUAAAUCACAAUUAAUGCUGAAGGAAAAACAACAAAAGGCCCUCAGUAAAGCACUGUUAGAACUUCGUUCAGAAAUGACAGCUCAUGCAGAGCAGCAGAUAAUUGCAAGUGCAGCACAAAAGGAGCAAAACUUAAAUGUGCAACAGAUUGUAGAUAAGCACACUAAAGAUCUGAAGUCUCGUAUUCAAGAUCUAAGUGAAGAACUCCAGACAGCCAAGGACAGCCUUAAAAUGAUAAAGAACAGGGAAAACUCCUUGAAAGACGAGGUGGAAAGUUUGAACAGAGAAUUGCAAAGAAGUCAGAAGUCUCAGUCCAAACUGCAGACAGAGAGAGAUGAACUGGACAAAGAGAAUGAAGAGCUGAAAAAAAGAAUCAAGAGGCUCACCAGCAGCCUGCAGAAUAAGUCUGAUGGUGAAGGAAAAUGUGCUACACUAGAUGAACUUCAAAAGAAGGUGAAAAGGCUAGAAUCUGAGUUAGAGAGUAAAAAUACAGAACCUCCAGUGGAAAGAAAACCCAUGAAAGAAGAUAAGACAACAAAAGAAGAAAUAAUAAGAUGGGAAGAAAGCAAAAAAUGGCAAGCUAAACUAGAAAGUGUUCGGAACAAAUUAAAAGAAAAGGAGAAAGAGGUUGAUACCCUAACAAAACAGCUCAGUACAUUAAAGGACCUCUAUGCCAGAACUGAUCAGGAAAAAGCAGCCCUGCAGAAGAAACUCAAAAGCCGUGGUGUGACUGUAGAUCAGGUAGUGGGAGCUCGAACUUUAGAAUCUGAAAAAAUGAUUGAAGAACUCAAGAGGAGAAAUUCAGACCUUGAGCACCAAAUUGUUUUAAUAAAACAACAGCAGGCUUUGCCCCGAGACAUAGCAAUGGAAGACUUAAAUCUGAAAAAUCGAUACCUAGAGGAAAAAAUUCAUUCUCUAGAAAAGCAGCUUACAAAAGAACCACUUUCAAGACCUUCAGAUAAAAUUUCAGUUCUCCAUUCCUCGUCUAAUAUGAUCACAUCUCCUAAGGAGACUCAAUAUAAAGAAUAUGCAGUUAAAAAUGAAAGCUCAGGUAAAGAGUGCACCAUUACUGAGAGUGAAAAACUAUUUCCACAAGAAGCUAAGAGCAUAAGUGAUAUUGAAGAAAAGAACCAAAGUGACACACAUUUUUAUGAAACCUACCUUGAAGACAGAGCAGGGUUGAAUAAGGAUAAACUUGAUGAGAGAGAUCCAGGAAUAGCAGAGAAUCCCAUGACAGAAGAACAGACUGAUGUUGAAGGGUCUAAUCUUGACGUAUUGUGGUCCCCUGAUGAAUGUGAAAGUGCUAGAGAUCAUGAUAAGGAGGGUAAACUGAACAUUGCUGACUGUGAUCAUCCUGUAUCUGAAAAGACUGACUCAGAACACAGUGAAAGUGUGACUAAUGAAGAGGGUGAACUAUGUGCAAAACAGAGAGAAAAUGGAAGCACUGAAGAAAAUAAUGGACAUGAUAUGAAUGAAGUAAAGGAGGAUUCUGCCAAGAAAAAGUCAGUUCUUUCUUUAAAAUGUGGACAGGAACUUGAACCAUCUUUUGAAACUGGUGAAGAUGUUCAUGAAGAAGAACCACAAAUAGUAGAACAUGAAGCUUAUAUUUCAGAUAAAGAUAUGGGGACAUUACCUGAAAGCGAAUACAUUGAGGACCCAGAACUGAAGCACUCUGAAGUUCAUGAGACAUCUGGUAGGGGUUCUGAUACACCAUCUCAAGCAGAGCAUGAAUUGCAGCGUCAAAAUCUUAAGCUGUCUUCAGAAAACUUGGAAUUGCGCUUCCAGUUGGAACAGGCCAGAAAAGAUUUACCUAGAUUAAAUGACCAAGUUGCAGACCUUAAGGAGAUGUGUGAUAUUGUUAAAAAGGAGAAGACUGAACUUGAGCGAAAACUUGGCAAUGUCCGUGGGUCCGGACGUAGUGGUAAGACAGUCCCUGAGCUGGAGAAAACGAUUGGGCUAAUGAAGAAGGUGGUAGAAAGAGUGCAAAGAGAAAAUGAAGCACUGAAAAAGGCACCAGGAAUAGUAUCCAGGGAGCAACUGACCGCUCUGGAAAAUGAAAACGAAAAGCUCAAGUCUGACUAUGAAAAACUGAAGUUACAAGUCGGAGGUCAAUUAAGCAUGAGGUAUGAGUCAAAAACAAAGGGAAUGGAGAAAAUAAUUUCAGAGAAUGAGCGUUUACGCAAGGAUCUCAAAAAGGAAGCAGAAGCAGCAGAAAAACUGAGAAUAGCAAAGAAUAAUUUGGAACUUACAAAUGAGAAACUAAGGGUGCAGCUGGAGGAAACCAAUCAAAGGCUCAGCAUUGCUGAAAGCAGAGGACCACAACUGGAGGGAGCUGAUAGCAAAAGUUGGAAAUCUAUUGUGGUAACAAGGAUGUAUGAGAGUAAAAUGAAAGAACUUGAAUCGGAUAUUGCCAGAAAGAACAGCAGUAUCACAGACGUGAAGCAGCUUCUAAAAGAAGCUGUGGAACGGGAACAGAAAACUAGACUUGUUAUCAAUGAUCUAAAAGAGCAGAUUGAGAUUCUAAAACACUUCCCAGAGGAUGCUAAAACAGAGUCAGGUCUUGCCAAGGAAUUGCAACUUUUCAGGCUGACAAACAGUCGCCUGGAGAAAGAAAAGGCAGAGCUUGUUCAUCAGUUGGCUAUUUAUAGGCAGCAAAGAGGAGCAGAAGCUGACAGUACCACUGAGCCUGUAUUUGAUGAACUCCUAGAGAAAGCCAUGAAACAUGAUAAGCUGAUGGAAGAGUUGGUUGAGCUGCAAACCCAUCUUAAGGCGGCAGAUCUAGAUAAAAGACAUAUGCAGGAAGAAGUAAAGAAAAUGAAAAAAGAACUGGAAAACUUUGACCCUACAUUCUUUGAAGAGAUUGAGGAUCUGAAGUUCAACUAUAAUGUAGAAGUAAAAAGAAAUAUUCUCCUGGAGGAACAGCUGAAGAAACUAUCACAACAGUUUGGUGUUGAGGUUGAUAUUCCAACCAAUGUGUCUGUUGACUAGAAGGCAGAAAGGUUUGGUGUCUUAACAUGUUUUAAUUUAAUAAAUAUGAAAAAAGAGGACUCAAGAUUUAUUAUACAUUGUUUAUCGGUACAAUGACAUUAAACAAUUUUGGAGGCUAUCUUAACAUUAAAUGAAAUGUAUAUUUUUAAAAUUACAAACCCACUUCAUAAAAUGUACAUAAUCUGAAUUUUACAUUUAAAC